CGCGGCGACAUUUACAAUCUGUGGUGCGCGGCUCAUCAUGCGGCGUCGAUUGUCUUGCUGAACCUAUUGGAACUCCUGCGAUCGGAAUUGACUGUUAUUUCGAGAGAAAUGGGUCGAGUUCCGACGGUGCUCGUAGCUGUCUUGGCUGUGAUGGGAUUGACAGGAUCGGAAGAGAUGUCCUGCUGUUCUCGAGCUGCUGGUUCCUGUCGCAGCUUCUGCUCGAAGUUGUCGCUGGUGAAACUCGGCGAAGACCCGUACGCAAGGGACAAUGCCACGAGAACGUUGGCGGAGCUGUGUUCCACUGAGCUGGUGGAGUUCUGGGACUGCGUCAAUGCUACGUUCAGCGACGUCGAGCGCAACGAGAACUGGUCGGGUCGGCCGUGCUGUCGCAAAGCGCGCAAUCCAUUGUGCCAAGCGGCAUGCGCGACGGCGGGCGCGAGACACGAGCUGCGCCGCUCGUGUCGCUGGAGCGACGAGCCCGAGUUGGCCGACUGCCUGGACCAGCGCGAGGAUGCCGACGAGUGCUGCUCGAGCGUGGCCAACUCGACGUGUCGCAGUAUUUGUCGAGAGGUGAUUCACAAGCCGGCCAAGCAGUCGGUACUGAAGGUUUACAGCAGUCGCGGCUGCUUCCAUCAAGUGCCCAAGUGCUUAAAGGGCAGCGCCGAGGUGAAACCGUCGGAGGAUCCCAAGCUCUACACCCACUGCUGCGAGCAAGCAGCGAGCGCCGACUGCCAGGAGAGCUGCCGACGUCUGCUGCACGCGUCCUCGUCGAUCCUGGACGUGUUCGGUGACCUCGAGGCGUCGUGCGGGGCGAUAAAGCCGCACGCGCCCCUCUGGAGCUGCCUGUUCAAGUCGUCGCCGAGCAGACCGCAACGAGUGCCCGCCAACAUCGGCAAGCUGACGUGCUGCGAGAAGGCGCAGAGAGCCAAGUGCAAGGAGCUCUGCACGAAGGCCUUCCAGACCGACUGGUCGGCCUGGCAGCAACUGGACGGCCAGUGUCUGGCGUCCCCCUUAGAAAACGAUCUGCGCAGAUGCCUCGAGGACACCGAGGACUCGUGCGAAAUGGGCUGCUCGGGCCUGUCCUUCUGCUCCAAGUUUAACGACAGACCGACCACGCUGUUCCGCACCUGCAACGCGGCAGCCGACGAGUCGGCCAAGUGGGAGGCCGAUCACUGGCUGCGCGGUGGUAUCAUCGCCGGCCUCGGAGUCCCGGUGCGCGCCGCGCCUUCGUGCCCGGCCGACGUGCUUCGUGCGGCCGCCUGCCUCUUGCAACUGCGCCCCUGCGAGCCAAGGGUUCACGAGACGCGACUCUGCCGCGAAGAUUGCAUGGAGCUGAUGACCAGCUGCGUAGACUGGUCGGCUGUGAAGGGCCACAACGCCGCGACUCUGUGCGCCAAGCUGUCGCCGGCCAAGGCGGACGCACCCUGCGUCUCGCUGAAGCCGUUCCUCGAGGAUCCGCGGGAGCAGAACGAACUGCCGGUGGCGCUCGAGGAGGACAUCAGCACGCCGUGCAGGAGCAGCCCCUGCUCGCAGGGGCAAAUCUGCGUGGUGCACCCGGACCAGAGGCAGAAUUACCGAUGCCUGCCUGGCUGCAAUCUCGGCGAGAUGUCCAAGCAGCUGAUCCCGGUGGGCGCCUGGACGCAGAUUCCGCGCUCCGACUCCAAGAAUCAAGUAAGCCAUCGCAUCUGCCAGUGUUCGGCGUCCGGCAAGCUCGACAAGUGUCGCGACUUGUUCGGCAUGACGUCCAACAGCUGCUGGGUGCAGUCCAGCGUGGUGCCACAUCGCGCCACCUUCUACAUGCAGUGCAACCAGUGCCGCUGCUUCGCCGGCGAGAUCACCUGCUCCCGCAAGAGCUGCGCCGAGAUUCGACUGCCGUCCAUACCCUGCGACUGCUCGUACCAGUACGUGCCCGUCUGCGGCAUGGGCGCCACUUACGCCUCCAAGUGUCUGGCCGGCUGUUCGAAGCUGACCGGCAACGACGUGGAGUACAACAGCUGCUCGUCGAAAGACCCUUGCAGGUCGAAUCCUUGUGCCGAGGGCGAGACCUGCGUGAGAAGGCCGAGGGUCUGUUUGGCGCACAUUCACAAGCCUUGCGAGCAGUUCGAGUGCGUGCCGAAGAAGUGCGAUCGCAGGGCCGACUUGAAAGGUCCAGUCUGCGACACGGGGAACCGCCAGCACGCGUCGCUCUGCUCGCUGCUGCGCGCGGGUGCGACUCUGGCCUACCGCGGCGCCUGCCUGCGCGGCUGCAGCCUCCGCGGCCCGGUCUGCGCGAUCAACGGUAACACCUACUCGAGCGAGUGCGCGGCCUGGGCCGAGCGCACGAUCGUCGACUAUUCCGGCCAGUGUGUCGCCUUCGGCUUGGUCUCCGAGGUGCCGAAGCCGCGCUGCGGCGAUGCCGUGGUCUGCCCGCCGCCGGCCAGGCCCAAUUGCCUCGGCGUCACUCCGCCCGGCGCCUGCUGCCCGGUUUGCGCCGGCGCCGCCAGGCUGCAGUUCUCCAAGAAGCAGCUCGAGCGCAUCUACUCGAAACUGCCGGAGGACAGCGACAAGCACUCGCUCACCUUGGAGGCGAUGCUGUCCGGACUGUCGCGACAGCUGCAAGUGGCCGAGUGCGUCUUGCGCGGCUCGAUGACGCCCGAGGGCGAUAUAUUCAUCGCCAACCAGGCCGUCUCGCGAAGGCCCUCGGACCUGCAGUUGUCGGCUUGCGUCGCCGAGAUCGAGAAGCUCGUCAGCCGCAUCUCCGAGCGCAGCCCGAGGAUCGUUGUCGAGGUGCCGAUGAGCUCGCUGCUGCACGCGGAUAUAUUGCACGCCAGGCUGCUCAACAGCUUAGCAAUGAAAGUUGAGACCAACGCGUUUAUCCUUACGACGGUCAUUGUUGCGAGUUUCAUUAGCUAAUUAUAAGACCUUGACGAUCGAACAAUUUUCUAAAACGUUCGUCGACCGACAAUUCUUUUUUGUCGAUUGACCUUAUUGGAAUUCGAACUAGCCAAUUUUAUAACCGCAUUUAAGUAUUGGAAGAGUAUAUUAUAACAGUUAAAUAGUAUAUUUAAAGCUGAUAUCCUAGAAAAAAAAAAGACUUGAAAUUUUUAAGCGGGUACCUGCAAUCGACAAGACAAAUCGAGAUAAAAAAGUAUGUUUAAUUGGAAAUGAAUGUCUGAAAAUGUGUGUGGGUGCGUUGUUUUUAUUUUCAAGACUAAACAAAAUGUAUAGUUGUGUUCGUACGCACAAAAUCUGUGAUUCUUCUAGUGCCUACGUAUAUACUAAUUGAGUAUUUUUUGAAUUUAUUAGCGUAUAAAACAAUGUAUUCCUUGUCUCUUGACUAAACACUGCCAAAGAGAGGACGUUCUUUUUCUUUUUUAAAUCUUAAGCAAUUGUAAAUAUAUCGAAUGUACUUCAAUAUAAUAGACGUUACCACUUCCCAGACUCGACGAGAAAAACAAUGAAGAGCCAAAUAAUAGUUGUACAUCAACAAAACGACCGAAUUCGUAUUAGUCAAGAUGAAAAGUAUAAUGAUUUGUUAAUGUUUUUAUAGCGAUUUUUUUUGUAUUAGCAUAAUAUAUUUAUAUGUACAUAU